UUUAAAAAAACCAAAAGUCUUUGCAGUAAAGUCCUUGACAUGUAGAAAGCUUGACAUCAGAAUGCUUCUUUCAAAAAGGACCAAAAGACCUUGAGACCGGAUCUCACACUGUUAGCUGUGAAUGCUGGAAGAUAAAACAGUCAAACUCUAGAUCACACGAUCAUGUGAUGCUGCUAAAACCUCAUUUACACAAAACCACAUUUCUACUUUUUAAGAAACAUAAAUGUAAAAAUGUACUUAAUUUCAGAAUUCACUUCAAUCUCAUUUAUGUUUGUUGAAAAUGUAGAUUUAGAAGCUUGUUGUUCAAAGCUGUGAACAAAUAUGAGGAAGAAGAAAAAAAACCUGAAGUGACUUGAAGGAGGAAAUACUAACCACAGGAAAUUGAUGUAUUUGUGUCCAGAGUGUUGUUGACUUCAGCCUCUGACAGAAAACACUGAGAGAAGAAGAGACAGAGAAGAGCAGAGGAGAGAACAAUGUUUGACUUCACAUCACUUCACUUCCCUCUGUUUCUGACAUGGAUGCUCACAUUUACAGAACAAACAUUUUCACAGAAGACUGUUGGAGUUGGAGAUGAAGUCACUUUGAAAUGUGAAAAUGGAAAUGAUUUCAAUGAUGGAUGUUCUAGAAUCACCUGGUUGUACAGUAAUUCAGGACAAACAUUUACCCUGUUUGAACACGGGAAGAUUCACAAAGAUGUUGGAUCUAAAUCAGACAGACUGAGUCUUACAGAGAAAUGUUCUCUGGUGAUAAAGAAGAUCACAGAUGAAGAUGCUGGAAUUUACACCUGCAGACAGUUCAGCACAUCAGGACAAGAGGAAACAGAUUUUAAUGUUGAACUGAACGUUAUAAAGAAAAAUGAUGUCAGAUCAACUAGAAAAACACUUAAACCAACAUCCAAACCAUCUUCUGCAUCAACAUCUGCAGCUGAAUCCACAACAACCACAGAAUCAGUUCAGUCUACAUCCAAACCAUCAGCUGCAACAGAUCAUCUCUCUAAAACAGCUCCAGACAUGACAGCAGUGAUCAUUGCAGCUGUAAUUGUUGCAGCAUGCUUAAUAGUUGUUGUCAUGUUGUUGGGAUGGAGGAGGAUUAAAGAACGAAAAACACAAAUUGAGGAAAAUAUGCUGCAGACUCCUCCACAAGAUGUUGAUUCCUACACCUCCAUCAGAUUCUCCAGGAACACCAACAACAGGCGGCAGGUUGUGGACAAAGACGAUGAAGGAGAUGCAGUGACCUACAGCACUGUCAAAAUGUCCUCUUCUUCUGCUCAUGUCCACACUGAUCCCAUCAGCCUCCAUUAAACCAACAGAUGAGAGUCACAGCAAAUGUUCCUCCUGAGGCUUUCUUGUGUUGGAACAGUGUUUCCCCAACCCUGGUCCUCAGAGAACAGUAAUCUGCAUUUUUUCAAUCCAGCCCUGCUCAAACACACCUGCCUUUGAUGACUGUCAUCAUCAGGCUUCUGCAGAGCCUGAUGAUGAGCUGAAUCAGGUCUGGAUAAGCAGGUCAACAUGGGAAACAUGCAGGACAGUGUUAUUGAGGACCAGGGUUGGGAAACACUUAGUUAGAAUCCUGCAUUUAGAUCUUGAAGGUCAUGUUUUUUUGGAAGCUGUAGGACUUUCACUUCACAUCUGGUCAUUUUAACCUUCAGAGAAUACUUAUUACCUAAAUGGCGUAUACUUAUAUAGCGCUUUUUCUACCUACAAGGCCCAAAGCGCUUCACAGUCACAGACCCAUUCACCCAGUCACACACUUGUGGCGGCGGCUCUGCUGCUGGUGCCUGCCUAUCCACCAGAGGGAAGGUGGGGUUCAGUUGGCCAAGGACGACUCAGGGGCAUGCAAGCACGAAAUCGAACAUGCAAUCUUACGAUCAUGGGUCGACUGCCCUGCCGCUGCACCACGCCCCCCCCACACACACACACACUUCAUGGUAAUAAAGUUGCUGCAAACCUGCAGGCACCAAAUGUUGCAGUUCCCUAAAAGAUCACUGAACGUUCCACCAUCCAUUUUAGAAGAACAUAAACACUCACCUGAGCACAGGUGUCUGCUC